AUGGAACAUAAGAUCCCGGGAGAAGCACCCAAAGUCGUGGGAUCUCCAGCAACGGCUGUUGAUGGGAAGCUAGGGCUCACGAGUGUCAGGCAGACGACUCUGUCCUUUGGGAAGAUAUCCUCUAAUACACGGGGGACAAAGAGAGACAAGAAACAAAAGAUUCUUGAUCAUGAUCAGCUCAAAGCGUCUUCUGCGGCUACCAAGCACCGACCUGACAGCAAGAUUGUGACUAGUUUGGAUGAUCCGAAUCGAGUGGAUGCACCAGAGGAUGACGACAAUCAUUUGGGUGGUCGUACAAUAGAGCCCGUACUGCUCGAAGUCUCAAAGCCAUUCUGGGUGGAUGAAAGCUCAAAGAAGAAGGGUGUCCGUUGUGCAGCCAGCGCGUCAUGCGGAACAAUUUGGGCUAGUUGGCCUCAAAACAAGCCACGCGUUCUGAAACAUGCGUCAGCGUGUGGCUUGUUAGCAACUUACAACGGCAGAGAGCUGGUGACGAAGGUGUUACACAUCCAUGCGCAGUCCAACCCCGAACUUUUGGAGCAGCUGAGAACAACAAUGGGAAUCGAGCCCAGGAGCACCACAUCAAGCUCACAAACUGAAGCACGCAACAAUCUCGUGGAGCCUCAGAAGCCUCUGCCGCUGAAACGACAACAGACUGUGGUAAUGACAGCUGCACCAGCACAGCCAAGCAGCACACCGUCUGCCAUCGAUAUUGACAGCAAAGUCCUCCUGGAGUUGGAGGAGAAACGGCGGUACCAGACUGAGGGGCAAAAGGAUCUUGCACGUAAAGCAAAUGACGCGCUCAUUGCACUGGUUGUGUGUUGCGGAGUCCCCCCCCAUGUGACAGGGACAGAGGAGUUUCGUGCCUACAGCAAUGUACUGAACGCCAGAUAUCAAGUUCCAAGCCGUACUCAUCUUGAGGAUACGCUGAUCCCGGUCUACGCUUCAAAUGUCCGCAUGGCAGUGGCGGAUUAUCUUUCUCAAUGCUUCUUCCUCACCAUCAGCUGUGACGGAGGUAAACUCGUCAAACGCAAGUUUACUUCUGUGCAUAUCACAACGCCCCAUCACCAGUCUUUCUGUAUGGAGCUUGACGAUGCAGGUGGUCUGUCACAGACCAGAGAGAACAUGUCAGCGCUGAUGACAAAGUGGAUUUCGGCGAUUGGGCCGGAGCGUUUCUGUGUGAUUGUUUCGGAUGACGCUGCCUAUGCACGAAAAGGACAGGAACUCACAAUCAAGAAAUAUCCUUGA